UUGCAAGGUUUUGUCUCGCAAAAUGUGUGCGUUGCAUUCGCGGCCAGUCCAUUUCUGAAUGUUUUGGAAGCAUUUGAAAGCGACGACAUGCAAAGUGGCAUAAAGUGGUUACACCUUGAUGAACUUCUAUUGUAAUUUUUGUAGCAUCUCACCUGUUCACUCUCGCUGGAUGGCUUGAAGCAGACGCUUCGGACCAAGGGCUUGGCAGGCCUGGCUCCCACACUCCGCGGUCUUUCAACUUCAGCGGAACCGGGAUACAGUGAGGCUAAAUGUCGCUUACUGCCCCUUGGAUAUUCCACGGCCCAACAGCAGUACUUCCCGCACGCAGAGCUGUCCAAAGUGCAGCCUCAGUGCGAUCCUUUCCUUCGCCCUGCCUUGGAGUGACGGUCGCUGUUUGCGCUUCAGUCCUGCCAGCGCGGACAAGAGCUCGAAAUGCGAAAGGACUCUGCCUGCAAAAAGCCUUCGAAGAUGAGUUGGGUGUGCAGCCACCGCUCGGGUACUUUGAUCCUCUUGGCCUCAGCAAAGACGGAGACUUUGGCGAGUUCUAUCGUCGAAGGGAAGCUGAGCUCAAGAACGGCAGAGUUGCCAUGUACGCAACGAUAGGAUAUAUUAUUCCGGAGUACUUCCGAUGGCCGGGCUACCUCUCGCCCACUGAGGAUCUUACCUUUGCCGAUGUCCCAAAUGGCCUCCAAGCCUUGCUGAAGGUGCCACCGGAAGGCUGGCUUCAGAUCCUUGCCUGGUGUGGCAUGUACGAGAUCCUCAUCAACCAACCAAAGCACCCAAGUGAGCCUGGCAACUACUACAAGGGCAGAUUGGGCCUGCUCCCUGGCACGCAGAUUGUUGAUCCUGAAAAGAGAAAGAGAUCCUUGAAUGCGGAACUUGCAAAUGGCCGACUUGCCAUGAUAGCAAUUUUCUGGAUGUGGAUCCAGGAUGGUUUGCACGGAAAGGCGUGGGGUGAGUGGAAUCCGUGAUGCUUGGCGGGGCCAACAUUGGCUUAAGCUGACUGCAAACAAGCAGAGAGAAAAG